AUAAGUCAUUGAAAUUAUUUUUUUUCCCACAUUAUUAUUAUUUCUUACAACCUAAUAUCUUAGGUUAUUACCAGAUUUUAUGUGUCGUUAUGCACCCACGCCACAUGGUUGCAAUUGCACCAUACCUUUAUCUUUUCUGCAACAUGGACUGGUGAAAUAUUCCAUCACCAUCGUCGUCGUCAUCGUCAUCUUCCCUCUCUCUGCCUAAAUCCCCAACCAAAAUUUUUCCUUCAAAAUAUAGGGUUUUUCCUCUUCAAGAAUAUUGAGCUGAGACAGUUUCUGCAACUCACAAAGAAAGCAAAUUUUUAGUUUCUUGAUCAUCCACUAGAUGAUGAAAAAAGGGGAAUGACGGACAACGCCAUCGUCGUCGGCAUCCAAGCAUGAAUUCCAACUCCGGAGAGAGAGAUCCGACUCCGAGGGUGAAGCAAGAAGGGACAACGAGAUCGCGGUGGUCGUCGACCCACAAAAACCCCCGAAUAGUGCGCGUCUCGCGCGCCUUCGGGGGAAAAGACCGGCACAGCAAGGUGUGCACGGUCCGGGGGCUGAGAGACCGGCGCAUCCGCCUCUCUGUCCCCACGGCCGUCCAGCUCUACGAACUCCAAGACAAGCUCGGCCUCAGCCAGCCGAGCAAGGUCGUCGACUGGCUCAUCGACGCCACGAAAUCCGACAUCGAAAAACUCCCCCCUCUCCCCUCCAUCCCAGGAAUCUUCCCUAACCCUAAUCAAGAAUUCCCACCCCAAGCCUCAUCCCUCUCCCAAUUCCUAGCUUCGAAGCAAGGGGUGAUCAAAAUUGACAAUGAGAGAGAGAAGGAGAAGUGGAUUGAGCAAGAGAAUCAUACCCAAAAUGAGGGUUUUGGGGGAUUUGUGGCACAGAAUCUUUUCCCAUUAGGACAAGUGAAUCAAAACCCUCAAUCCCAAUUUUUUCAAAACCCUUAUUUCCAUUGGGAUCAAAUCUCCCAAUUUGGACCUAAUUACAUCAAUCCUUUGCCAAAUCAAGAAGAUCAUCAAUCAUCAUCACAUCACAACAUGAUCAUCAAUAAUCCUUCAAACACUCAUCUCUAUUUCAACAUCCCCCAUUUCCCUUCCUACUUGCCUCCUUCAAUGGAGCCGAAUCCCGGCUUCUCGACGGCCCUCCACCUCACGAGGCCCUUCGCCUUCAAGCCGGCUACUCAGCCGCACCAUGGUGAAGCCGGGAGAUCGGAGACGAAAGAGGGCUGAUUAUAUAAGCAAAUACAUACACACAAUUGGGAAGGAAAUGGGAUUCUUGCAGCUAUACAAAUGCUACAUAUACAGUAAGGAAUAUGAUUAAAUUUUCUGCCUUUUUAUAUGUUUUUUUUGUUUUGUUUUCUGAUUUUGCAAGAGAUAUACAUUUAUACUUGGAAUUAAUGUGUGAUUAAAUACUA